AUGAUCAACCCCAAAUACUCCACCUCGCCUCCUCGUUUUUCUUCGUUUUUCUUUGUUUUUCUGAAGGAUGCGAUCGUGAUCUACACGGGCCUAUCCCCGGCGACCUUCUUCACGCUCCUAGCUCUGCUCUUCGCCGCUUACCAUGUCCUUUUUGGGCUUUUUAGGCCGUCCGAGACCCACAACCGCCCCAGGAGCUUGGAGGAGAUGCAGCUUCUUCCGCCGCCGGUCCAGCUCGGCGAGAUCACCGCCGAGGAGCUCAAGCAGUACGACGGCUCCGAUCCCAAGAAGCCUCUGAUCAUGGCCGUCAAGUCUCAGAUCUAUGACGUGUCUCAGAGCAGGUCUGGUUCUUGGAAUUUGCUGAUAUAUGAUGGCAAUGGAAUUGGUGGUUGA